AUGUUUGAAUCGAUACAACAAGCUCUCUUUCCCGGUGGCCGUUCCCUCAUCGUGGAUUACAUUGCGACGGGCCUAACUUUGUUCCUCGUUUACUUGAUUCGCACUCGUUAUUUCCAUGGGCUCAACAAGAUUCCUGGCCCUUUCCUGGCCAGUUUCACUAGCCUCUGGAAAUGGGACACAGUCCGCCGAGAGAAAAUGCCAUUUGUUAAUACUCAACUUCAUGAAAAGUAUGGCCCGCUGGUUAGAAUUGGGCCCAACCACAUAUCUGCCUCGAGCGCAGAGUCCAUACAAGUUGUCCAUCGAUCCAAGAGUGGCUUCACUAAGUCCGGUAUAUACGGAAUAUUGCAGCCGAGUUACGAAGGCACAGACCUGCACAAUGUUUUUUCGACCCAGGAUGCUGAGUACCAUGCGGCAUUAAAACGCACAAUGGGGUCCUUAUACACAACCACGGCUGUUUUGGGUCUUGAAUUCCAUCUCGAUGACUGCACCAAGCUCUUUAUCUCCAAGAUGAAUGAAAUCAUCGGCACCAAGGCGUCGGCGCCUGUAGAUCUUGCCGCUUGGCUCCAGUACUACGCCUUCGACUCUCUAGGGGCUGUCAACUUCUCUAAGAUGCUAGGCUUCAUGGAGUCAGGCACCGAUGUUGACGGAAUCUGUCAUUUGGACCAUGAUCAGAUGAUGUAUUUCGCCAUGUGGGGUCAGAUUACCACAAUCGAAAGAGCCUGGGCUAAAGUCAAGGCUCUCGCAACCGGAACAAGAAAGGAGAACCCGCUGUUCAAUUUUGCUCUGGAACUCGUUCAAAAACGCGAGGCGAACCCGACCGAGUCAGCCGACAUGUUGAACCUUUUCUUGACCUUGCACAAGUCUGUCCCUGAGAAGUUUACCAUCAGAGAUGUCAUCGCAGCAGCGUAUAUCAACGUGGUAACUGCCCACGAUGUUGUCGCCAUCACGCUUCGGGCCGUGGUCUACUAUCUUGCCAAGAAUCCCGCCAUGCAGAAGAAGCUGCAGCAGGAGAUUGACGACGCAGAAACCGCAGGCAAACUGUCUAAUCCGGCCAAGUACACCGAGAUCACACCGUUGAGCUACUUACUAGCUGUCACAAACGAAGCUCUCCGGAUCCACCCAAGCACCGGCUUGAUUCUCGAACGCCGCUGUCCAACGGGCGGCGUCACCCUACACGGACAGUAUAUUCCCGAGGGCACCAUCAUCGGUGUAAACUGCUGGGUGGUCAACCGCGACAAGGGAAUAUUCGGCCAGGACGCACAUGAGUUCCGGCCGGAGAGAUGGAUCGACAGCGACCCCAAAGAUGUGUCGAGGAUGAGAACAAACAUGUUCACGUUUGGAGCUGGAGCGAGAAACUGCAUCGGCAAGAACCUCGCCAUGAUGCAGCUGACCAAGAUCAUUGUUGAGCUUUACCGAAACUUUGACAUCGCAUUGGAGAAUCCAGACAAGGAUUGGACUGUCUCUGGCGGUUGGCUCACGAGACAGACCGAGAUGGACAUGGUUUUGACGAAGAGGAAGUAA